AUGGCGGGCGGCAUGGCUCCAUCCCUGCUGCUGCUGCUCCUGUUGCUAGCGCUCGACGGCCGCCCGUCGCAUGCCUGCACUUCCAUCAUCGUCGGCGGCGAGGCCACCACCGACGGAAGUAUCUACGUGGCCCGCACUGACGACACCGGCGACGCCCGGUCCACAGUGAACAAGCUUGUCUACCACCCUGCACAAGCCGAGCCCGCGGUGUUCCGCUCCAACGCCAACGGCUUGGCCCUGCAGCUGCCAGCGCCGGGACUGGCGUACAGUGCCAUCCCUGUCACGCUGGCAGACGCCUCGGCAGGGCGCAACGCGUCCGGAGAGACGGCCGGCGUGAACAGCGCAGGGGUGGCUGUCUCUGGCACCGAGACAAUCUUGAACUCGGCAGCGGCACUGGCUGCAGACCCUUACAACGCCGCCUCGGGGCUGACAGAGGACGCGCUGCCCUCGCUGCUGCUGCCGCAAGCCACCUCGGCGCGGCAGGGCGUGGCGCUUGCGGGCCGGUGGGUGGAGAGCGCCAGCAUCGGCGCGGGCGAGGGCUUUGGCCUGCUUGUUGCUGAUGCCGGCGGGGCUUGGUACCUUGAGACGGCAUCGGGGCACCACUGGCUGGCUCGCCGUGCGCCUGAUGCCGCCAUCUUUGUGUCGGCCAACCAGGGCCGCUUCCAGGAGGUUGACUUGAGCGAUGGUGCCAACGUGAUGCACUCCCGCGGGCUGCUGGAGUUUGCUAUUGACCAGGGCCUGUUUGAUCCCGGCGCCGGCCAGCCCUUCAACUUCUUCAAAGCGUUCAUGAGGGAUGGGCCCAGCGAUGCCAAGUUCAACUACCCUCGCGUCUGUUCCCUGCACUACCGCCUGGCCGGCCGCACUUCCAGCUGCACCGAUGCAUCGCAGCCCGCCUUUGUGACGCCGGUGGAGCAGCCAGCCCUCCUGCAGCCCGGCCGCCGCAUGCUGGGCCUGCACGACGUGAUGGGAGGCCUGCGGGACCAUUACGAUGCCAGCCAGCACGACCCCUACCUCCACAGAAACCCCAGCGAGGCCUACCGCCCCAUCGCCCUGCUCCGCACCUCGGCGGGCCAUGUCUGCCGCCUGCGCCGCACCUCGCCUGCCGCCCGCGGCCUAGCAGCCAUAAACUACGUGGCGAUGGGCAUGCCCUUGCUGGCUCCCUUUAUUCCCAUCUAUGCUGGGCUACCUGGCGACGCCCUGCCGCCAGAGCUGACCUGCGCAGCUUCGGAGCCCGACCCGCAGUCCCUGUUCUGGGCGGGGCGCCGCCUGCAAGCGCUGGUGUUCCAGGACUUCCCUGCCCUGGCACCCGGCAGUACGGCAGCCAUCCAAGCCUGGGAGGCAGACGUGGAGGCGCGGCAGCGGCCCGCCAUGGAGCGGAGAUAUGCGGCGGCGGCGGCGAGGGGCGACGAGGCCCAGGCGGCAGGCAUUCUGGCAGAGUUCACGGCAGAUGUGGUGGCGCAAGCCUCCCGCCUGCUGCAGCGGCUGACGGGUCAGGCGGCGGAUGCUCUGGGGCUGCCGGGGGUGCCGCCAGACCAGGAGCUGGUGGCGAUGCUGGAUGCAGCCGACAGGGCCUACUCCUUCCGGUUCCACACUUCCAACUUGGAUUUGAUGACAGAUCUCUCUGCUGCGACCAUAACCUGA